CUCGGUGACGGGACGAUAAGAGGAUUGCUGUUGCUCUCAAUUAAUUAUCGAAAAAAUUACUCAAUCACCGAGAACGAUAAUUAUUAUACUUGAGAACAUUUCGGGGAUUAAAAGGUCGUUCGGGUCGGAUCGUUAGAAUGCACGGUGAACCGUAGAGAAAAAGUCGUUUCGGAACUUGCAGAUACUUUCAAACAUUUACAAAUACACUUCUCCUGCGCCUGAAAAGGUGCAAUUGAUAAGCAAUUAAUAAUAAGUAAUGGGUAAUCAGUGAAAAGAAUAUUUAAAUCUAUAUCGACGUCCUUUACACACACGUUAAUCGCAACGUAGACGGUUGUGACUAAAAAUUUCUAAAUUACUUGUCGGGAUGAUGAGAAGUUCGGUCGUAUUUAGUUAUUGGAACAAUGAAUGCUGCUUCUAGAAAGAACAUUUUGAAAAUUUGAAAAUUUUGUUCAAUACGUGAACAGGAAAGUCGUCCGUAACUUCUUGCAGGAGUGACAGGACGCAUCCAUCAUUUAACGGGUGAAUCUCUCCAUUGGAAAGCAAUCUUUUCGUCAGCCUAAACAGAUAUAUGCUGAAGAUCGCGCAAAAAUUACAAUCCUUUUUAACACGAAUGUUGCAACUGCAGGGACCGGAACUGAUUCGUAAAUUGUUCGAAAAGUCUCGCAGGACUCAUAAAUUAUUUUCAACUUUCGAGCCGGCAUCGGCCGGCCUGUCGAAAAUAUUCCAUCCUUUUUAGGAUGGAAAAUUUGAAAAGUGGAAACUAUUGAACUAUCGCAUAUCUCUUACGCUGACGUUUUACACGUACCUGUUCGAAGACGGGCGAUUCUGACUAGAAAUUUCCAUGUCAAAUUUCAAAAUUACUCGAUGACGAAAAUGACAAAAAGGUAUAACCCUUGGUUAGUGAAACUCACAGCACACCGGGCGGUAAUCGUUAAGGGCGUUUCAGGGGUUGUUAGCAAGUUGCUUCGAAACAGUUCGAAACAGAUUGUAAUCCGCAAUGAAACUGGAGAGAAGGUAUUCGGGACUCAUAUCUACGGAGACCUCCGACUACUUAAAGACGCUGUUUCUUCGUUAGAGAAGAGAACCCGAAGCCCACGCUGUACUUUUUCUUCGCCUGAAGAAGAGAGGGUAUUGGAGCCCCCCCGCGGUCGCCGACGGACGUAACGGAGAAUCCUGGCUCAGAGAUCCGUUACCUUCCGAGGAGAGCAGAGGUAAGCGAACGAGCGAGCGAGCGAGCGAGCGAGCGGGCAGAAGAAGCGGCGAUCCUGUUGGUUUCCACGAGACCUCGCGGUAGUUGCGAAAGCGCGGCCGGCCAACGACCAACAACUCGCAACGAGUGCUCGCGCGACUCGUGCCCGAGCGCGGAGAAGCGGAGAAUUACGAAAUCGCCGUCGUCGCGCUCGUCGUGCCCGUGUCCCAUCAUAGUCCCGCUAAUAAAUCGCUAACGCGAACAACGCUCCGUGAUAUCGGAUAUGUCAUAUCUGCGGAAUUAGCGCGCGCGCGCGCGCGCGCGCGCGACAGCUCGAUGCCGGGCCCGGAAUGCUCGGUCGUGAGUGGUGUGCGUGAAUCUCGGUGCCGCGUAGUGUGUCCCGCGAGAGGAUACCAGCCUGAUAUCGAGGUGGAUUCCGCGGAGUCGGUUAUCUCGCACGGCGCGCGAAACACGCGCUGAAUCGCGCGAACGUCGACGAAAUUCGCCGUAUGCUGCGGCGAGGAGGCACGAGGGAGGGAGGAGGACGACGAGGAGGAGGAGGAGGAGAAGGAGGAUAACGAGGUCGUCGUUGCAGGAGGAACGGCGCGCGAAGGACCCGUGCGCGUAGGAGUAUCUUCGAAGAGCGGCUUCUCGUGCGAGUGAGAGAGAGAGAGAAAGAGAGAGAGAGGGAGGGAGGGAGGGAGGGAGGGAGAGAAGAAGAAACAGCGUGAAGAAAGUGGUCCUCGUCGAAGGAAGCAUGUGGUAGUGCGGGGGGAACCACGGAGACGACGGUGCUGGUGAGACGUCGAGAAGGCACACACGGAGGAGGAUCCUUGGGAACCGGAAGACGGCACCUGUUAGUGCCUACCGCGACCGCCGAGGAGUAAGCAAGGUCCAAGCAGCGGUGGCGAGAGGGGGAGAAGAAGACGCGUCGAUCGAAAGUGUGAUCACACAUUACGUCCGGAUGAGUAUCGUCGCUGAGUGCGGCAGCUUCCUCGUGGGCGCGCCUUCCGCCAAGAAACGAGAAGCGGAGCGUGCGACGAUGGCGGCCACGGCCGGCAGGUACGCCGUCACGGAGAUGCGCCACUCGAGGAGCGAGGAUCUGCUCGGCGCGAUACCCGGCUCCAGGUCUCCCAGCCCGGCCGUCACUCUGCCGGCCACGGCGUCCGAGGACGAUCUGAUCGCGAGCAGUGCUCUUCGGGACGUGGAUGGCUGCGGCGACACCGACGGCGGCGGCGGCGGCGGCGGCGGCGGCGGCGGCGGCGGGGACUGCACCGCCGCUGGAAGACCAUCGCGACCCAUCAUCCUGUCGCCGCCGAGAGCGCCGGGGGUCCUCGCCGAUCGGAUUGACCCGGAGGACUCCAUCCGUGACAUCGUCACCGAGAAUGAUCUCUACAGGUUCGUUCUCUUCAAGCGGCACUACGACAAGUACGUGGCCCUUUCCGCCAAGUACGAGGAAGCAAAGGAUAUCGCUUACUACCUGGAGGAGCGUUAUCAUGAAGUCAAGGCUGAGAGGGACAAGCUGGAAGAGGCUCACAGGGCCUUGGACAAGCGACUGGAGGGCUGCGAGGCAGAACUGCGUGGCAAGGAAGACGAGCUGUUCCUGCAGCUGGAGAAGAGUCUGCGACUAGAGGAGGAGGUCGAACGGACGAAGCUCGAGAGGGACAGCUGCAUGGCGGCGCGAGAACGACUGGACCAGGAGCAGCAGUCGGCCCUCCGUCGCCUACACCUGCAACUGGACCAGAACGAGAUCACGAGGCGGAACCUGGAGAGAGCGCGCCUCGACGUUGUCCGGCAAGCUAACAUCAUCCGUGAGGAAAAGGACGCUCUGGAGAAAGAGAACCAAUCGCUCAAGGAAAAACUCAAGAUCGAGCGGAACGAGCGAGGAGCUGAGUUGCGUCGUCGCGAAGAAGGUGUCGCCGCGCUCACGAGGGAGACCGCCACACUGAGGCAUGCAGCGCGUCAUCUCCGCGCCGUCACGCUCCACGCGACGUCCUGUCGGAGUCGCCGCCGAUGCUCCAUCUGCCUCUACGCCAGGCGCACCUUUGCCGAGGUGGACGACUGUCGCGAUGAUGGGAAUAUCUUCAAGUGCCUUCAAGCGCCCUUACAAGAUCUUCGCAGUUGGUUUCGACCUUGUGCGGCGUCGAUCGGCUCAUCUCAGGGUCUACGAGCCAACUCGCUCAUGACACAUCAAGGAAUCGGAUACGUCGACGACUCCAGCGUCGACAGCAGUGGCAGCGGUAGCAGCAGCAAUAGCAGCAACAGCAGCAAUGGCAGCAGCAGUAGCAGCAGUAGCAGUACCAGCAGUAGCACCAACAGCGUUUCCGAUGACGAAGCCUGUCCGAGCACCCCGAUGGCCGAACAUUCCGUUUCGCUGAACACUUCCACGGCGCCGCCUACGGUCAGAGCUUUCUCGUCGGAUUCAGGCUUCUCAUCGGAGAUCGGAGACCGUAGAUCGCAGUACUUUGAGAACGUCAGCAGCAGUACGAGCAGCGGUAGCGACAAGAGCAGGAAGAUCAGCGACUCGUUGGACUGCAACGAGGCCGACGAUCACGAAAGGACCACGACGGCGGGAGCUAGCGGAUUCAACCGAGGCUCCAAGUGGACCUCCUCCUUCCGCAGACUGCUCGGCCGGAAGUCGAAGGGCAAAUCCGAUUGUUCGUCGCAAACGAGUAAGACUGAUAAGCCGCGAUAAACGACACGACGUUUUGUGUAAGCGCUCGUCGCGAACGCGUAUUCCCGUCCUGCCUCUGCCUGUUCGCGACGGGCGCGGCGUGCGAAGGAGAUUCAAGGAGAAUCUCUCGCGAACUCCGGACGAACCCCCCUCCCGCAGCGGAAGGGUCGCCGGGCAUUGUGGAAACUGCCGAGGGUUCGCUUAAUGACUCAGUCGAAGGAUAUCGGGGACAUUUAGAAGGAUUUAGGGAUUUAGGGAUCCUGGAAUUUCCGAGAGAGUGGCUUGCGUAUCUUGGAGCUCCUUUUCGGAGAGCGCUCGGCUGCGAAAUAAAAUGGCAAAAAGUGGGAUCCAGCAGCCAACACUAGUAUCUCAAGAAAUAUUAGAGUGAGAACGACUACUAACUUCUCCCUGCGUUCUUCUUUUUUCGCUCGUAACGAUCUCCGCACGAUCUUUUGUUACUUACUACGACGGUAAGUAGCGGUAAAUGAAGUAGAAGUUGCAUUCUCCGCUCCGGAAUCCAGAAACCCUAAGUGUAGAUCCCGACGUCCGUUUGCCGCGGUGUAGGAAUUGAAUUUCGUGCGAGUUAGAGUAUCACGAUUAUACAGGGUGUCCGACAAGUAAAGACGAAAUGCUCGCGCGCAGUUAGCGCGGAGACAGAGCUGAAUAGGAAAGUCCUCUACUGUUCUGCAAACCUCGCAAUGAUUAUGAAGAGAUCAAUUGAAUAUUAUAUUAUGAUAAUUAUAUUGUACUUUAUGUUGUAUUAUAUUAUAUUGCGUUAAAUUGUACUGUAUCGUAUUGUACUGUAUUAUAUCAUGCAUUUAUAUUAUAUUGCGAUAUUAUAAUGUAUCUGUUGACGAUCUCUCUCCUGACAACGGCAGGUGGCGGAUAAUGCUAAAUCGCACACCUCCAUUGUCCAACAGCGUAUGACGCCCGCCGUUGCCAGAUUUUCAACAGAUUCGAGCUAUUUUGGACGAGACAUUGUCCAAAUCUGGAGCUCAUCCUACCGCUCUCCUUCUAAGCGCGCUCAUUCGCUAGUAUUGUUUAAUUAAUUCUUCAAUAACCAUUGCGAAACUUACAAGAUGGUGAAGGAUCUUGCUGUUCACUUUGACCCGGUCUACUUGCACAGAAGCGUCUCAUCGACAGUAAUUGUCAUUAACUGUUACGUUAUAUGUAUGAAACGACAAGGAGCUAGAUUAUUAGAGACACAAUAUCGUGAUCGGGGACUUUCUAGAUAUUUAUUAGCGAAUUAUAUCAGACAAGUUCUAAAGGCUCCGAGUUUCGAAAAAAAAGAAAAA